CCGAGGGAGGUAAUUCUUACCCUGCUCCGCCGGCACAGUGCAGGCAGAGGUUGUAAACAUGGCGGCGGACGGGAUGGUGCUCACCAACCACGACCAUCAGACCCGAGUGGGGAUUUUGACGGUCAGUGACAGCUGUUUCAAGAACUUGGCUGAGGACAGGAGUGGAGUCAACCUGAAGGACCUGGUCCAUGAUCCCUCACUGCUUGGAGGAGUCAUAGCGGCCUACAAGAUCGUCCCAGAUGAGAUUGAUGAAAUCAAGGAAACUCUCUUGGAGUGGUGCGAUGAACAGCAGCUGAAUCUCAUUCUCACUACCGGAGGAACUGGAUUUGCACCACGCGAUGUAACGCCUGAGGCCACCAGAGAGGUGAUCGAGCGAGAGGCUCCGGGUAUGGCUCUCGCCAUGCUGAUGGGAUCACUCAACGUUACACCGCUAGGGAUGCUUUCCAGGCCUGUGUGUGGUAUCCGUGGUAAGACCCUGAUCAUCAACCUGCCAGGGAGCAAGAAGGGCUCUCAGGAGUGUUUUCAGUUCAUCCUGCCCGCUCUGCCCCACGCCAUCGACCUGCUGCGUGAGGCCACCGUCAGGGUAAAGUCCACUCACGCCGCCCUGGAGCAGCUGUCCUCCCCUUCCCCUCUGCUGGCCAACGCGCACAUCGACGCACACAUCAACAUGCACACCAUGGAGCGCGGCACCCAGUGCGAGGACGAGGACGACGAGGAGGACGAUGAGGAGGAGGACGACGACCGGAGACGGGGUCCGCACGUGCACAACCACCACCACCACCACCACCACCAGCACGGCUCCUCCCACAUCACCGCAGCCGCUAUUGCUGCCAAGACAAGCCAUUCUGCGGUCAUGGCUAAGGGCGGGCCCUACCUGCUUGGCAACACGCCCGCCCCGCCCACUCAUUUCACCUGCUCCUGUACCCAUGACCAGCAGAUCCCGGACUCUAUCAUUUCUCGAGGUGUUCAGGUGCUUCCUCGAGAUUCUGCUUCUUUAAGCUCCACCCCUUCUGAGUCACCGCGGGCAACACAGGCCACCUCCCGCCUUUCCACCGCCUCUUGCCCGACCCCCAAGGUCCAGUCACGAUGUGGCAGUAAUGAGAACAUUCUGAGGGCGAGUCACAGUGCUGUAGACAUCAGCAAGGUGGCACGUCGUCAUCGCAUGUCUCCCUUCCCGUUGACGUCAAUGGACAAAGCCUUCAUCACUGUUCUCGAGAUGACACCUAUUCUGGGAAUCGAAGUCAUUAACUACAGAGACGGUUUGGGUCGUGUGCUCGCUCAGGACAUCUAUGCCAAAGACAACCUUCCUCCAUUCCCUGCUUCCGUUAAAGAUGGCUACGCUGUACGAGCUGCUGACGGCCCCGGAGAUCGCUUCAUCAUGGGAGAAUCCCAGGCCGGACAUCAGCCCACACACACAGUGAUGCCAGGUCAGGUGAUGAGGGUGACGACUGGGGCUCCGAUUCCUUGUGGAGCCGACGCCGUGGUCCAGGUGGAGGAUACAGAACUGCUGAGAGAGUCUGAGGAUGGCACAGAAGAGCUGGAGGUGAGGAUUAUGGUCCAGGCCCGGCCCGGACAGGACAUCAGGCCCAUAGGUCAUGACAUCAGGCGAGGGGAGUGUGUGUUGGCCAAAGGGACACACAUGGGUCCGUCAGAGAUUGGAUUGCUUGCUACAGUGGGAGUGACUGAUGUCAGCGUGCACAAGUUCCCUGUGGUGGCCAUCAUGUCAACCGGAAACGAGCUAUUAAAUCCAGAGGAUGACCUCCACCCUGGGAAAAUCCGAGACUCCAACCGCUCCACCCUGCUGUCCACCAUCCAGGAGCACGGAUAUCCCACCAUCAACCUGGGCAUCGUCGGAGACAACCCUGAUGACCUGCUGUCGGCUCUCCACGAGGGAAUCAGUCGCGCCGAUGUCAUCAUCACCUCAGGGGGUGUGUCCAUGGGAGAGAAGGACUACCUCAAACAGGUGUUGGAUAUUGACCUUCAUGCUCAGAUCCACUUUGGACGAGUCUUUAUGAAGCCCGGUCUUCCUACUACCUUUGCCACAGCUGACAUUGAUGGAAUACGAAAACUCAUCUUUGCUCUGCCAGGAAACUUCAACUUCAGAGAGACUGGGCCCUCCCUGCUGGAGGUCGUAGCCCCGAGUGAGACCAGUGAGGCCAGGCAACCACUAACCCCUGCACCCAGAGGAAGUAACCCAGUGUCUGCAGUAGUGACAUGUAACCUGUUUGUGAUUCCUGCCCUGAGGAAGAUGCAAGGCAUUCUGGACCCUAGACCUACAAUUAUUAAAGCCAGGCUUUCCUGUGACGUGAAGCUGGAUCCCAGACCAGAGUACCACCGCUGUAUUCUCACCUGGCAUCAUCAGGAGCCACUGCCCUGGGCACAAAGCACAGGCAACCAGGUGUCCAGCAGGCUAAUGUCAAUGCGUAGCGCCAACGGGCUGCUGAUGUUGCCUCCUAAAACGGAGCAGUACGUGGAGCUGCACAAGGGAGAGGUCGUGGACGUCAUGGUCAUCGGACGGCUAUGAUGCAGUCUUCGAUGUCACUAGCAACCGAUUACCAUGGCAGUGCCAGGACUUCCUGUCUGGACAGGAAGUGGGCGGGGGCAGGAAGUGAUGCAUGUCUACCUGGUCGCCAUUAGCUGUGAUGUCAUAUGCAACAGCCAAUCGGAAGCCAGCGGAGGCUGAAACCUCUGAGGAGAUAUGCGUAUUUCAAUGGAGGAAAAAAAGUGAAAAAAAGAAUAUAUAAAAUACAAGAUUUAUUCUGUAAUAUUAUUAUUAUUAUCCUGAUAAUAAUGAUUAUUGAUAUUCUUAAUUAAUAUUCUAUUUAUUAUUAUUAUCAUGGUUCUGAUUGAAUAUUCUCAUCUUAGUAGUAACCAUUGCCCUCUUCUCUCCUGUUCAUUUGCUUUGUGCGUUUGAUAUGUUUCCCUGGUAGAUUUAGGUAUAGAGACUUUCUCCUCCUGACCUUUUAUCCGUUUCUCUCCCCCUUCUUUAGCUCCUUCUUUUCUGCUCUGAAAUCCUGUACCCAGAUAUAGAAACUCCUUGAUAACCCCCGUCCCUGCAGUAUUACCACAUCCUCUCCUGGAACACACUGACCCUAACAUCUGUAUUGACCGAAAUAUGAACCGAAGGUUUUCAAAGACAUCUUUUUUGUAUUGAAGCUGCUAAUAUAGUUUGUGUCUGUAGAGUAAAUAGGACUUGUUUUUGCCAAAAAAAGGAAAAAUAUCUAAGGAUAUUGGUCUACAUGUAUUAGCCCCCUAUCAUUUUCCAACCAUACUGGGACACUAAAACUCCUCAUCCUCCCGAUAACAUGGCUGUUUUUGAGGUGGGUCAGUGGCUCGGAUCGGACGAGUGAAUCCUGUCACCACGCUGUGAACAUAAAGGAUAUGAUGACAUGCACAAUGACUUCCAGGGAGAAAAGGUGGGCCACAUAACCAGGAAUACAACCUUAUCGCCGCAACUAGUUUACACCACAAAACUGCUGUCACCAUCAAUCUGCUUAUUUUCAUUGUCAACAAAUUCUGGUAAAAUGGCUGAUGAAGUUAAUUGGGGGGGGGGGGGAUUUGGGCGGGUUGUGUUGCAUUCAGAGCCAGGUGAGCUGCUCCCUCUUGUCUCCAGUCUUUAUGCUAAGCUAACCAGUGGCGGGCCGGCAUGAGCGUGGUCAUAUUCAUAAAUCAACCUUUUUAUCCAACUUUGGCGAGUGUUUACCAAAACGUCUUAACUAUUCCUUCAUAAAGGUUUGGAAUAGCUCCAAUUCAACGGACAGUAUCUAUUAAACUCAUUCCGGUCCUAAAACAGCUGGGCAGUGUAGUCUUUGGCACUGCGUUUGAUGGGGGCUGUUUUAUUGUUUUAUUCUUGUACACACGGUGCUCCUGUGAGUAUUCUGGGCCAGUGUGUGUGUGGGUUCUGCAGUGGUCCAAUUUAGAUGGGACUGAAGAGGGAGAACCCUUCACACAGCAUCUACCGUUGGUUCUAUUUGUAGUGUUCGGUCAGGGCAAGAGAAAUGUAGAAUAUGAUGAUCCUUUAAGUAUCCAAAGAUGUCGAUACCUUGUUGACGACUGGUCUCGAAAGCUGUCUGUUCGGCCGAUCAGACCCCCAUCGUUUCUUUUCUUUUUAAACGCACACGCGAACAUGAGUGGAAGUGAGUUGUGUCGUCACCUUUUAUCCAACUCAACCCCAGCAUCGCCUGAAAAGCAGGGUGUUGCGUUCAGGUGCUCGUAAAGUACACUACUGGUGUAUUUCUACCACGACAGUGUUUCAGGUCAAAAGAACCAAACGCAGUUCGACUCUGUAACAUAGACACAAUUAUUUGAGUACUUUUCUGUCAACGUACUGUACCUGGUCUGAGCGUCAUUGGAAGGAAACGGUAUGUGACAUUUAGCCCACAGUGAAAGUUUACUAUUAGCAGGUAAAAAAGUAGUCGUAUUACCGAAGACCGUUGAAAUGCAUCACGUGCAACCUGUGAGUCCCAAGCAUUCACCAAUGCACCAUACCUUACUUGACUGAUUCUUCCUGCCAGGGUGAUCAGUACCAAGCUCACCCUCAGUAAUUCUGCAUUUAGGGCCUCUCAGCAUAUCGGUACUAAAGACUGGUGUUCGUUCGAAUGGCACUUAUGAGGACAUAGGUGCCGUUUUCCCCCAGAUGUCGGUUCCUGCCGCUUAUCUUUACACUUCGGAUUCAAAGCGUCAACUUCCAGAUCCGACGCUCCCGUCCACUAUCUGUCCUCUGUGACCUCAAUGCAGCACCGGGCAGAAGGUCUGAGCUUUGACCCCCCCCCCGCGCCCCUUGAUAGGCCGACGUAGUCUUCCUCCAACCCUCUCCUUUUCAUCUUCCUUUCUUCCUCCCCCUCCUCCUUCUGCACACUUGCAUGCUCAUUAAGGGAAGGGGGGGCGUGUCUUUCGUUUUGGGCAGGUCUCAUUCCAGGCGUAAGACAAGGGUGCAAUACAUGGGCGGGGCUUCUGACCUGACAGUGUCACAUUUUGUGGCAGACGAUCAUUGGUGCAAAAGAGAGGGGCUUUUCAAAGUCUGGCCUCUUGUACCAACCCUGUCUUCUCAUUUAUUCAUCUAGCCCAGACGUCAGAAACGUCCCAGUUACCUCAAAUGCACCAUAUAUCUGUCAGCGGCUCAUGUCAUGUUGGAGAAAGUGGAAGAACAGGGUGACUUUUACAGUUCAAAGGCGGUAAUGGACCACAUCCAGACUAUAUUUAAAAAGCAUUCGAUUAAAACAUGUUUGUGAAUUCGGCAGCUCAUAUUUACAAUGAACCCGUCAUGACAUGAACGCAGCAUCAGAGUCCUGCCACCUGCCCAAGGAGGCCCGGUUAAACCCAGAUGGAUCCACCUGAGUAAGAAGAAGCAGGUUCUUGUUUAACUGCCUUUGUACUGAGUGAUUCGUAACACUGGACUCAGUGUCACACUGCACACACUAUAAACUAUGACCAGCACUUGUAAUGAAGCAAUGACACAGCAUUCUACUACUACUGUAUAAAUAUGAAUAAAUAAAUAAAGGUUGUUUUUUGCCUGUAAUGAUAUUAAUGAAACUGAAGAUGAAUUAAUAAAAAAAAUACUGAUUAUUUUA